UUUGAAAAUAAUUUGUUGAAGAGAGCAUGGAAGAAAAUCAGGGUUGGGAGAGAGCAAAACCAACCUGAUUAUAUAUUAGGAAUUAAAAAUAGAAUUAUAAAUUUGAAUCUUGUGGGUUUUUUCUUUAUAAGUAAGAUUUUAAUAAGAUUAAUGACUCUUCUUGAUAGUAAGAAAGGAUUAAAUGUUGUAUUAAAUGUUGUUCUGUGUGAAAGGAUUAAAUGCUGUAUUAAAUGUUGUGUAAUCAAUCAGACCUAUUGAUACAGCCAGAGCUCAGAGGCAGACAGGGAUCUAAUGCAUCUGAUUGGAAACAGGUUGGAUACUCUGUUGGUAACAUUAUUUUGGCCCAGUAAGAGAAAAUGUUUAAUGUAUUCCAGGGAAUUUCUCUAGCAGUGAACUUCUCCUCUCAUAUCUAAGGGUUGUAUAACUUAUUCUCUACCAAAAGUAUUUCUAUGUGAAAGCAGAAAAACCUAAUGGAUCAGUCUGGCUUUGCUUUCUUAAUUCUUCAACCCCAAUUAUUGGAAGGUAGGCCUCUGGUGGUAAGUUGCCCCACUUGUUUUGACCUCACUUUAUUUCUUCAUUGAAUCUGCAUUUCUCUUUUCUUGCAUUGCUGACAUAUUGAGAUACAAUUCCUUUCAAGUAAAAUCAUCAAGUAUUAUUUAUACAGUUGGCUUCUGUUUGUUUUAAAAGCCUAGGGUCAAAUUUGAGCACUUUUUCCAAUGUAUCAUAUUCCUCUUUAUUUCUACUGCCACACACUAAUCCAGGAUUUUGCUAUUUCUGUCCUAGAUUAUCAUUUCAUUUUUAUCAUAUUCAGUUUUGUGCCCUUCUUGACUGUGCCAUCUGCCUCCAUCAAAGGCCUGUAGUGACUUUAUUUUUUUACAUGACUGGUCAAAUUUAAAAUUCUUAACUUCCUUUCAAUAUUUUGAUAUAAAAAUUUCUGAAUAUACAACCAAGUUUCUGCCAUUAACAUUUCAUUCUACUGUACUUGUUUUUAUCUCACAUGCUUCACCUGUGAAUCCUAUCCCUUUAUCCAUCCAGCCAGCCAGCUUACUUUUCGAUGCAUUUCAAAGUGUAAAUUGCAGGCAUCAGUACAUUUCCAACUGACUACUUCAGCAUGCAAAUCAUUAACUAGAGCUAAAUAUUAUAUAUAGUUUUUCUUUCAAUAUAAAAUUUAUAUCUAAUGAAAUGUAGAAAUCUUAAGUGUAUAUUCUGUGAGUUUAGAAAGCAUAACCCAAAUCCAUAUUAAGAACUUGGUAUCACUCCAGAUAGUUUCCUCCUGCCCUUCUCAGUCCACACUCCCAGUUCACCCCCAUAGCAACCACUGUGCUGAGUUUUUUUUCCUACUAUGGAUUAGUUUUUCUGUUAUAAAAUUUUAUAUAAUUGGACUCAUACAAUAUGGACUGUCUUGCUGAAAGCUUCUUUAGUAUAAUGUUUCAAAAUCCUUACUCUUUCUUUGAAGCCUUUCACUAGGAUACCCUAAAUUUUCACUCCAUUUUUAUUUCUCAAGCCAUCUCCUUUAUUCUCUCAGGCAAACAUUAAAGUUUUUUUAUUUUAUUAAUUUUCCCAAGUUGUACCAGACUCUUAGAAUAUUCCUGCUGUCUCCUCAGCCUUUAUAAGUAUUGAAAGAAAGGGAAAAGAUUUGCUGCUUUCUUUAGAAUAAUCAGGUGCUUACUAUUCUGUAGCUAAAUCUAGAAUUUAGUAAUUUAAGAAUCAGAAAGAGAGAGAAAGAUCUGUGGUUCUCUGUGUGACGUGCUGUCUCAAGUAUUAAUCCCUUGUGCAUUUUAAAGCACAGGAACAAAGCACCAUGUGAAUAGGCUGUUGUGAUAACAGUGAAAGCUUCUGUUCGUACUUCUGUUAAGUGAAUAAUAAAUUCACAUGCUUCUUGACUUACGAUGGGGUUAUCUCCAGAUAAAUUAUUAUAAAUUAAAUAUCAUAAUUUGAACGAUCAUUAAUCAGAUACUGUGUUUCUUACAUUUUAAUGGUAUUUUGCAAAUCUAUUUAUGAUACAGUUACCUUAUUUCAUAGUUACAAACCUAUAAGGUAGAUAUUAAUAUUAUGUUAAUAUGAAUGAUGAUACUAAGACUCAGAGAGGUUAGUAUGGUGGUAGUGAAUGAAGGGGAAGUACUUAAGAAUAUGAAACCUGCAUCUUCACCAUAUACCACAAUUGUGUAUUUUAAUUUUGAUUCCUCUUUUUUUAGCUAAUUGCAGCUUAAGGUAAUUUGUUUUUCUUCUUUCAAAAAAGGGACUUCUGGGUUAUAUUUUCUGAGACCUUUAUAUCUGAGAAUGACUUCCUGUUGCCAUUAAAUACAUUACAGAAGCAUUUUCCUUCACAGCUCUGAUGACAUUUUGUUAUUAUCUUCUAGUAUAUGGUAUUACAGAUAAAUCUGAAGCUAGCCUGAUCUUGCUUCCUUUGAAGGUCCUGAGGGAGUCUAACAAAUUAGCAGAAAUGGAAGAACCGCCCUUGCUUCCAGGAGAAAAUAUUAAAGACAUGGCCAAAGAUGUAACUUACAUAUGUCCAUUCACUGGUGCUGUACGAGGAACUCUGACUGUCACAAAUUAUAGAUUAUAUUUCAAAAGCAUGGAACGGGACCCCCCAUUUGUUUUAGAUGCUUCUCUUGGUGUGAUAAGUAGAGUAGAAAAAAUUGGUGGUGCUUCUAGUCGAGGUGAAAAUUCUUAUGGACUAGAAACUGUGUGCAAGGAUAUUAGAAAUUUACGUUUUGCUCAUAAACCUGAGGGGCGGACGAGAAGAUCCAUAUUUGAGAAUCUAAUGAAAUAUGCAUUUCCUGUCUCUAAUAACCUGCCUCUUUUUGCUUUUGAAUAUAAAGAAGUAUUCCCUGAAAAUGGGUGGAAAUUGUAUGACCCUCUUUUAGAAUACAGAAGGCAGGGAAUCCCGAAUGAAAGCUGGAGAGUAACAAAGAUAAACGAACGGUAUGAACUUAGUGACACAUACCCUGCCCUCCUGGUUGUGCCAGCAAAUAUUCCUGAUGAAGAAUUAAAGAGAGUGGCGUCCUUCAGAUCAAGGGGUCGUAUCCCAGUUUUAUCAUGGAUUCAUCCUGAAAGUCAAGCCACAAUCACUCGAUGUAGCCAGCCCAUGGUCGGAGUGAGUGGAAAGCGAAGCAAAGAAGAUGAAAAAUACCUUCAAGCCAUCAUGGAUUCCAAUGCCCAAUCUCACAAAAUCUUUAUAUUUGAUGCCCGGCCAAGUGUUAAUGCUGUUGCCAAUAAGGCAAAGGGUGGAGGUUAUGAAAGUGAAGAUGCAUAUCAGAAUGCAGAACUAGUUUUUCUGGAUAUCCAUAAUAUUCAUGUGAUGAGAGAAUCAUUACGAAAACUUAAGGAGAUUGUAUACCCCAACAUUGAGGAAAGUCACUGGUUGUCUAACUUGGAAUCUACUCACUGGCUAGAACAUAUUAAGCUUAUUCUUGCAGGGGCUCUUAGGAUUGCUGACAAGGUAGAGUCAGGAAAGACAUCGGUGGUAGUACAUUGCAGUGAUGGUUGGGAUCGCACAGCUCAGCUAACUUCCCUUGCCAUGCUCAUGUUGGAUGGAUACUAUCGAACUCUCCGAGGAUUUGAAGUCCUUGUGGAGAAAGAAUGGUUAAGUUUUGGACAUCGAUUUCAACUAAGAGUUGGCCACGGAGAUAAGAACCAUGCAGAUGCAGACAGAUCACCUGUUUUUCUUCAGUUUAUUGACUGUGUCUGGCAAAUGACAAGACAGUUUCCUACCGCAUUUGAAUUCAAUGAAUAUUUUCUCAUUACCAUUUUGGACCACCUAUACAGCUGUUUAUUUGGAACAUUCCUCUGUAACAGUGAACAACAGAGAGGAAAAGAGAAUCUUCCUAAAAGGACUGUGUCACUGUGGUCUUACAUAAAUAGUCAGCAAGAAGACUUCACUAAUCCUCUCUAUGGGAGCUAUUCCAAUCAUGUCCUUUAUCCAGUAGCCAGCAUGCGCCACCUAGAGCUCUGGGUGGGAUAUUACAUAAGGUGGAAUCCACGGAUGAAACCACAGGAACCUAUUCACAGCAGAUAUAAAGAACUUCUUGCUAAACGAGCAGAACUUCAGAAGAAAGUAGAGGAACUACAGAGAGAGAUUUCCAACCGAUCGACCUCAUCCUCAGAGAGAGCUGGCUCUCCUGCACAGUGUGUCACUCCUGUCCAAACUGUUGUAUGAAGGACUAUUAGAUCAGGGGCAUCACUGCUGUGAACUCUUGAUUACAGUGGCAGCUUUAUGAGUAGAAAGCCUUCCAAAACCCAUCUCUGAGAGAAAGUUCAGACGCUUUAUUUAUUUUAAAUCUCUCUAGGAUGUGUUUACAACUGUGGCAGUGCAGGUGGCUUAAAUGAUAUAAUUCCAUAUGUAAUUACAUGAUUAUGACACUAAUCUUAUAAGUCACUCAAAGAAUAUUAAAAUACUUCAAUCCUGAAUCCAGUGGGAUUAAGUUUCUAAUAUUAAAAGAAAAACACUGUCUUACAAAUUUCGGCAUGUUGUAAGAUGAAAACACAAACACUUUAGAAAUAUACCUUUUGAUGGGAGAAAGCUGAAAUUCUGUGGCAUCAUAUAUAUUGGGCCUUGAUGUCAUGACAUAUCAGAAUCAUUUGGUAGCCCUUUCUCCAUCAUAGGUUUUUCUUUUUUGUAGUAAAUUAUUCACCUUGAUCACUUUUCACCUUCCAUAUUCUUCAUAUAGUGAAAGGCAAAGUUGAUGAUACUAUGGUGUAGUAGUAGUUGAAAAUUAUUGCUGUAAUUAUUAUAUAUUUAUUUAAGAUGUAUUAGAUAGCUGUUCCAAAAUGAUGCCUUAUAGAUGUGUUUGGGGGAAGAUGAAUGGGAUAAAGUGGUGGCCAUUCAGGAGUUCAAAGAAUUCCACAGCCUUCAAUUAGCUUCCAUUUGCUCCACUACUAGAAACAUCAUGGGAGAUAUUUUAAAAACAUGUACCCUACUUUAUUUUACUUAUUUUUUGUGUGUCCAAACAUACAGAAGCUAAUUGGCAAGUUUUUAAGCAAUUUAAAAAUCUUACUAGGGCUGACUUUUCCUGAAGGCUAAUAUAAAUAACUUAUGGUGAGAAGUACUAUGUUCAAAUUUUACAUUAAAUAUAUUUUCCUUUGCAAAUUCUGUAAUUCCACUGAAUGAUUAAGUCUACCAAAGAACAUACUACAUGUAAAAGAUGUAUUACAAUCUCAAUGCCAGUAAAAGAAAUCUUGCUACAUUGUUGGCCUGCUACAAGUCAAAGUUCUGUACUGGUAUAAACAUUUGACUCCCUGAUGUAUAUUUUACUCUAUAUAAGAGCCAUAUGUAAUGUACUGUAACAAAGGAGCUUCUUGUCCCUUGGUCUUUUAAUUAAAAGAAAUUUCAACUGACUU